CAGCCGAUUUUUUUGCGACGCCAACUGCGAUGACUUAACACAUUGUUGCUAGAUAGACACACCAUUCAUUUUUGGCAAUCUGUUCGGGAAUUAGAUUUCGACCCGACUAAUAAAGAACAGCCAACACCAGCCCAGCCCAUUAGCACCGCAAUUGACAACUUAUCUCCACCGCCGUGAGCGCAAGCCAAGAUUUUGAGUUUAAGCCACCGAAAUCAUACCUUUAUCUGGAAGCCCGAUAUUUCUCAAUGGAGAUAUACCAAAUACCGGCGAGCUAUCCUCUUCGAGAAGUACGUCAUUUUCCGAGGAAUUAUAUGUCAACAUUUUUGCCCAUUUCAGCCAUUUCUUCACAUUCAAAAACCGAUAAAAUUGAAUUGGAAUCUCGGAAUCGGAUGUUUAUUCUCGGUAUGGGAUUUAUCGGUCAAUUCUUUGCCCAAAACCUGAAAAAUGAAGGCUGGGUUGUUACUGGAACUAGUACUAGCACAAUUAAAAAGGAGCAGCUUCAAGAGAGAGGAUUUGAUAUUUGCCUUUUUGAUGCAAAUGAGCCACAAUUGAGUACUCUAAAUAGAUUAAAACAUUAUACCCAUUUACUUGUGUCUAUCCCUUCUGUGGUAGGGAUUGGUGAUCCGGUGCUUCAGCAUAGAGAACUUCUGAGGAGUUCACUGAUGGAUGGAAAUCUUCAAUGGCUUGGCUAUCUAUCGUCUACUAGUGUUUAUGGUGACUGCGGUGGUGCUUGGGUGGAUGAGAAUUACCCACCAAACCCUACAAGUGAGGUGGCUAAAUCAAGGCUAGCUGCUGAGGAAGGAUGGUUAAAUCUGGGCAUUACUCUUGAGCUUUCAACACAAGUUUUUCGACUUGGAGGUAUAUACGGCCCUGGUAGAAGUGCUGUUGACACAAUAACUAAGCAGGAACCUAUAUCAAAGAGUCAGAAGAUGAGAAUAUCCAAACAAUAUACAUCCAGAGUUCAUGUUGAGGACAUAUGUCAAGCACUCAAGGCCAGCAUCUACAAACCAUCGUUCGGGAGAAUAUACAACAUUGUGGAUGAUGACCCAGCUCCUCGUGAGGAGGUGUUUGCAUACGCUGAAGACUUGGUUGGUAGGAAGUGGCCUGGCUGGGUUAAGGAAAGUACAUCUUCUGAGAAAGCUUUGUCAUACAACAAGAGAGGUGAAAAACGGGUUAGCAAUGGGCGUUUGAAAAGAGAACUAGGAGUGAGACUUCUUUAUCCAAGUUAUAGAUCAGGGUUAUUGAGCAUUAUAGAUCAGAUGGAAAAUCCAUUAUGAAAAAGUUGCCUAUUUGCGGUUGUACGAAAGAAAUAUGGACUAGUGUAAAACGUGAGACUGAAUUGUUCUUUAAUUUUUAGUUUCUCAUUUUUCCUAAA